AUGACAGAAUCGCUUGACCAGAUAAUUGCUAUAACAGGUGCAGAUAGACAGGUUGCUGAACAGCUCCUUAGUGCGACUAAUGGCGAUGUACAGUCUGCUUUAGAUUUAUUCUACUCAGACGAUGCUAGCCAAUCUAGGGUAGCAGAGCAGCAGCAUGAACAGCAGUCAGCACAGGGUGGUCCUACUACACUCAGUGGUGCUCCAGCUGAUCCUUUGCCGGAUGGAUGGGGCCAGCCAAAGAAGACAACCAAUAAAGGAAAGAAAGCUGGCGGUAUAGCUACCCUUAGAGAUUUCAACAAAGAACAAGAAAGUGACGAUGACGACGAUCCGCGCAAGCGAGAAAAUCUAUACGCUGGUGGAGAAAGAUCUGGACUCAGCGUACAGGGACCUUCUAGAGGUGGCCCUAGGGGACCAAAUGACAUUGUUGGUGACAUAAUGAAGAAAGCAGCAGAAAGCAAUGAAGAAGCGGCAGACGAGUUUGCAAAAUCUAACAAUGAAACCACCAACGUGUUCUCUGGUAGAGGAAACAGACUUGGUUCAGAGGAAGACCCAGCAGAGAGUAAUCAAGCGGGCUCAUUUGAGACUGAUGAUGACUGGGAGGAGGUCGAUGAUGAAGAACCGGUCAACAGGAGCCUCACAUUCUGGAGAGAUGGAUUUAGUAUCGAUGAUGGUCCAUUGAUGCGUUAUGAUGAGCAUCAAGAAACAUUGGAUGCACUUAACUCUGGUCGAGCACCACUCUCACUCCUGAACAUCAGAUUUGGACAGCGCGUCAACCUCGGUGUUAGUCAAAGAACAGACGAGGAUUACGUCCCACCACCUAAAGUAUUCAAGCCAUUUGAGGGUAGCGCUGGACAAAGACUUGGUGCGCCUACGGCUUCUAUCAGAACCCAGCCAGUUCCUUCAGCGACGAACACGACAAGUGACAAAGUAGAGGUUGAUGAGAGUAAACCUACUACACGUAUCCAGGUUAGAAUGAGCGAUGGUAGCAGACAUGUUGUCAAGUUGAACACUGAUCACACAAUCGAACAGCUUAGACAGGAACUUCAGAGCGUAGAACCAAGUUUAAGAGGUAUUGGAUAUGAAUUGACGACGACAUUUCCUACAAAGACGCUUACGGAGGGCGAGUUGACGAUAGAUGAGGCGAAGAUUGGUGGCGGUGUUGUAAAUGUAAAGUUAGUUUAG